AUGCGAGAAUCCAAUGAUCACGCAUCUCCUUUUGCAGACGACCUUCUGGUCUUCUCGGAUGGCUCCAGCUCCUCGAUGAGUGGUAUCUCGGAGGUGCUGAAUGUGUUUAAGAGCAUCUUGGGCCUGGACAUGAACGCAGCUAAAUCUGAAAUUUUUUUCAGCGGCUACACGGAGAUGGAGGCAGCUGCUUUAAGCAGCCAAGUAGACAUUAAGGAGGGUAGUUUCCCUUACUUGGGGUUACCACUGAGCUCGCAGAGGCUUUCCAUCUCAGUCAUGCAGCCUUUCAUCGAGAAGAUAAGGAACAAGCUAAACUCUUUCACUGUGCGUUUCUUAUCUUUUGCAGGGAAAAUUAAGUUGGUCUCUUCGGUGAUUUAUGGCAUGGUCAACUUCUGGAGCCAAGUGUAUAGCUUGCCCAAGGCUUUCUACACUAAAGUGGACUCUAUGUGCUCUGCUUUCCUCUGGAAAAACAAAACUGACUCGGCAAGUGGGGCUCGAGUAGCUUGGAGGGAUGUGUGUAAACCGCGAUCGGAAGGUGGCUUGGGGGUGCGUAAUCUGCAUGAAUUUGAGGUGGUGUUUAAGUUGAAGCAAGUGUGGAACCUCUUUGCGAACUCGGGCUCUCUCUGGGUGGCUUGGAUGAGGGGAAAUAUCUUUGGUAGAAGAGGCUUCUGGGCAACGCCGGAUUCCCCACGCUUCUCAAAGACUAUCAGAGCCAUGCUACAGCUGAAACCUUUCAUAGCUACUUUCCUGAAGUGUGAGAUCGGAAAUGGUGUGGUGGCUGCUUUUUGGUGGGACUCGUGGACCACGCUAGGUCCUCUUAUUUACUUUGUGGGACAAAGUGGCCCGCGUAUGCUACGUCUGAGACUUGAUGCGCCGGUUAAAGAUGCGGUGAGAAAUGGGAAUUGGCAACUUCCCAACGCGAGGUCGGAUGCGGUCCAAGCUCUUCAGAUACAUCUCACAACCAUCCCUGCUCCUUCUCUGACCGGAGGUGAGGACAGCUUCCUUUGGCGCCUGCCGUCGGGUAACUAUUCCAAAACCUUCUCUUCCAAGGGAACCUGGGAACAAUUGAGGAUUAGAUCUCAGCGCCUGCCGACUCGUGAUCGUCUGCUUAGCUGGGGGAUGAACGUGCCGGAGGUCUGUCCUCUAUGCUCUUCAGAUCGGGAAACGCAUGAUCAUCUCUUCUUCGAAUGCUCUCUCUCUCAUGACCUUUGGGAGUUCUUUGCUGCUCGUCUCUGCAGGCAAACUGCAGCCUCUUCUAUGGUCUCGGUCUUAGCUGCCAUGUUGCUUCCUCCGGUUUCAUCCUCAGCUCACACGAGUACUCUCAUGAAGCUGCUUCUCCAAGUUACUGUCUACGCUCUGUGGAGAGAGCGGAAUGCGAGGAUUUUCACGACAACGACUACGACACUCUCUGCCUUGAAGAACGUGGUGGACCGCACUAUAAGGGACCGGCUCUUGUCCUUUCCCUCAUUGGAUGGCACUCCUUCUCUUCUAGAGUCUUAUUUUGCUUGUAUCUCAUAUCCGUUAUGA